CGUGGUGCCUCCUGUAAAUCAACGUGUGGAGCUCCUCGCUAUGGGAGUAGCGGAACAUUAAAAAAAUUACGAGACUGAGAACGGUGAAAGUGAUCGACCAUGGGGGAAUUUAAAGUGCACCGGGUUCGGUUCUUUGAGUACAUGCCAUCCGCUAUAAGAGCUCUGGCAUUCAACUCACGCAGUGAAAAGUUGGCUGUGGCGAGGAUGGACGGGUCUGUGGAGAUUUUCAACCGCGCGGAUAACCUUUUUCAGGAAAAGGUGAUUCCUGGGCGAGAGCAGAGGACGAUUGAAUCCCUGUUGUGGGUAGGGGAUCGUCUCUUCAGUGCAGGUUUGAGUGGAGAGAUUGCCGAGUUUGACUUGGACAAUCUGAGAGUCAAAUACACCCUGGAUGCUUAUGGCGGACCAAUCUGGAGCAUGACUGGAAAUGCCCAGGGAACACAUUUAGCGGUUGGUUGUGAGGAUGGGACAGUGAAGCUCUUUGAGGUGCUGAUGGACAGAAUACAGUUUGAGAGAAAUCUGGACCGACAGAAAGGUCGUAUAAUCUCACUCUCGUGGCACCCGUCAGGGUCUAAGAUAGCAGCCGGCAUGAUGGGCAUGAUCCGUGUCUUUGAUGUCAAGACCGGCCACCCUGUACACAGGCUGCUGGUGGAGAGGGCAGCGGGAACACCCAGGAAUCAGGACUGCGUGGUCUGGAGCGUAGUCUUCCUCUCAGACUACACCAUCAUCAGCGGAGAUUCCAGCGGAAAGGUGAAGGUGUGGGACGGCAAGACUGGCACCCUCAUCAAAAACCACCAGGUUACCAAGUGGGACGUCCUGGCCUUGUCUGUUUCGCAGAGUGAAGACAGUCUUGUGGCUGGGACCUCGGAGGGAACCGUGGUCCAGUUCCAGUUCCUCUCUCAGGUUCUAGGACAAGGGGAGAAAGAGUGGGUUGCAACCAGAACCUUUAAGAACCACACACAUGACGUCAGAGCAGUCGCUGAGAUCCAAACAGCGUUUGUGUCUGGAGGCAUGGACACACAGCUCUUCGUGCGACCUUUUCUCGACAAAGUUGAGUGCAGGACCCAGGCAUCAGCAAUACGCAAGGUCCUAUUUCCCCAUAGGAGACUGGUGUCGUGUGCGAAGAAAGCAGGCUUACUGCUGUUCCAGUACCCCACCCACCUGGAGCUCUGGAGACUGGGAGAGAGUGAGGGCCAUGGGAAACCUGGAACCAUCUUGCCUGUGAAGAAGAACCCAGAAAAAUUACUCCAUCUGAAAAUAAAGGGUGAGGAUCACAUUUGCUGUAGUGCUGUAUCUCCGUGCGGAGAGUGGAUUGCCUACGCCACUGUUUCCAGCGUCCGACUGUACAGGAUACUCUGUGACAACAACAACGUCAGCAUCACCAAGGUGUCCAAGCUUCCUAAGGUCCUCUCUUCAGCCAGUCAGCUGUGCUUCUCCUCAGACUCCACCCACUUGUUUGCAGCCUCCACUCAUGCAAGUGUCCAUGUGAUUGCUCUCAGCCAAUCUGGGUGCAAGUUUGUACAUACCUUCAAACCCAAAUCAGGCUCCACCCAGUGCGCUCACCUCCUGGCAACCAGUGAGGACGGGGCGUGGCUGGGCUCCGCCCACACAGACCACCAUGUCCACGUCUAUAACCUGAAAAAGCUGAAGGCUCACUGCACAGUACCAGUGUACAACUCAGGGGUCAGUGCCAUGGCGAUCCAUCCUACCACAAACAACUUAGUGAUGGUUCAUGCAGAUAACCAGAUUUUUGAGUACUCUAUAGAGGACAAGAAAUACACCAAUUGGACCAGAGAGGUGCAGAGACAUGGUCUUCACAACUUGUGGUUGGAGAAGGGCACGCCCAUCACGCAUGUUACUUUUAACCCACGAAACCCCGCCCACAUCGUCAUGCACGACAUGAAUAUGUUCUGCAUCAUCGAUCAAACUCUGCCUCUUCCAGAAAAUAUGAUGCAAUUCCACAAUCAGCAGACUUUACAGGUCCUUCCAGAGAAAGAGCGACAGUCGGCGAUGCAUGCUUUCAAAACCUGCAAAUCUUUCCAGCACCUCAUGUGUGUGGAUCUGCUGGAUGAUCAGUCACUGGUGGUGGUAGAGCGCCCUCUACUGGACAUCACCACUCAAUUGCCUGCACCCGUCAGACAGAAGAAGUUUGCCACAUAA